AUUUGACUGCACUAAAUGUUAGUGUAUCUGUGGAAAUCGGUCGCGCGUGUGCCUGCGAGGUUGUGCGAGUCGUAUGGAAUCAAUUAGAUCUAAAUUUCGGAUGACUUGUAGACGAAAAUAGUGUAGUGAAAAUGAUAUUGCUAAUUAGGUAGAACAAACGCAAUAACCAUAUUUUUGAACCAAAUAGGUGUUUAUUUUGUGUUAAGUGUCAGUAUUCAGUGAGUAUUAUGAACUUUGAGGACUAUGAAACGCUGCCGACCCAGAACCCCGUGACACACAUGACGGCCGGGGCCGUGGCGGGCGUGAUGGAGCACUGCAUCAUGUACCCGCUCGACUCCGUGAAGACGCGGAUGCAGUCGCUCCGGACGGCCCACAACAGCUCCAUAACGGAGACCUUCCGACACAUGGUCCGGCGGGAAGGCUUGCUCAGGCCAAUCCGCGGCAUGUCAGCCGUGGUGCUCGGCGCCGGGCCCGCGCACGCGUGCUUCUUCGCCACCUACGAGCACAGCAAGCACACGCUCGCGCACCUCACCAGGCAUAGGCACGACCACCUCACACACGGGUUGUCCGGUUGUCUGGCGUCGCUAGUACACGACGCAGUCUCCAAUCCGGCAGAAGUGGUAAAGCAACGGCUGCAGAUGCUGAACUCGCCGUACAGGAGCGUGUGGGAGUGCGCGCGGCGGAUCUACAAGGCCGAGGGCAUACGGGCGUUCUACCGGUCCUACAGCACGCAGGUCGUCAUGAACGUGCCCUUCCAGUCGGUUCACUUCGUGACGUACGAGUGGUGCCAGUCGCUGGUGAACCCGACGCGCAAGUACGACCCGCGCGCGCACGCGCUGUCCGGCGCGUGCGCGGGCGCGCUGGCCGCCGCCGCCACCACGCCGCUCGACGUCUGCAAGACCGUGCUCAACACGCAGGAGGUGGCGGGCGGCGCGGACGGGCUGGCGCAGGCGGCGGCGCUGGUGCUGCGCGCGACGGGCCCGCUGGGGUUCUUCAAGGGCGCCUCCGCCCGAGUGCUGUACCAGAUGCCCGCCGCCGCCAUCUGCUGGCUCACCUACGAGACGCUCAAGCACCUGCUCACACAGGAGCCCCGCGACGAGCCGCACGCGGCGGGCGCGCCGGCGCCGGCGACGCCGCUGGUGGGCGCCGCGCUGCGCCUCGCCGCCGCCGACGUGCCCGCGCCGCUCACGCGCACGUAGCCACCCCGCCUGUCCCACUGUAGCGUCGCGACAACACCCCUCAGCCGGGACACCGCACAGUCAGACCGCAUAUACUGACUUCUCUAUAAACUCGCUACUCAUUCUAAGCUGCACCUUCGCUGACGAUGUUUCGAGACAUUAGGAUCGUCUUAAAAGUACCCAAUAAAAGUGUUACGUUCCGUGUUAAUCGUCCACCACGCAAGAAACUAUAAAUUAUGCACCAUUUAGUAAAAAUGAUUGAUGCAUUAGGCGACAGAGACCCGAUCUGGUAAAAAUCCUACAUUUUCGUGGCACCAUAUUUCUUCAAAUACAUACAAUGAAUACCAGGCCUAGUGCCUACUAAUGAUUCGAAACCCAUAAACAUACUUAUAGGCGCAAAACUCUACCACGCGAGUUUUCAUUUCCAUCUGUUAUUUCAGUGUAUUAUUAAUUCAUAGUUGGCAUUCACAAAUAACUAUUGUCUUAGCUUUUCCUCUAAAUCUAAGUUCGAUCCUAAUAUAAAAUAAUUUAUUUUCACCACCAAACCAUCAUCAUUAGUUAUUUCUCCAUGGUUGUCGCGGCGUUGUUGUUUUGUUUGGAUUUGAUAUUUGUCUGUGAUGUUGUUUUUUAAUGAAGUGUUAGUGUUUACGAUCAAAAUUAUGUGAGCGCUUGUUUAAUGUGAGCUUGUAAACCGACCAACACACCGAAUACAAUGAAAAAAAAAACUGAGUUAUAUUGGACUUAUAAAAUUCGGCUUCGUUGAUCGGUAUUUUUAAUUAUAAUCGAUCAACUAAAUUUUCGUAUUCCUACGCUUGAAGGUGAGUCUACCUUAAGUUAGUAUAACAGAGACGCAUACAUAGUAAGAACUGCUAAUGGUCAUACAAAUUGCAUUCAUUAUAAUAUUAUGAAAUCCACUACGCUAUAAUAUUUAUUAGAGACGUUGAAAAUGAUUCAAUUUAGGGAAAAUAAAAUCGUAAUAUAUUUCUAAAUGCAACUUGUAUGAAGGUUAGUUGUAUGUUGUUGUCUCUAAUAUAAAAUAAGCACGACGCCAGUAUUAAGCAUCGUCACUCGGUCACGUCAUUCAUAAAAUGUUGUCAUUUACUCACAUUGAGCAAGUCAUAGUCCGAAGACAAAACGACGUAAACGCCAAUACGUUUCUUACGCCGUUUUGCCUUCUAAUGCUGUGAUUUUUGAACCUAUAUUAUAAUAGCUGUAUUAUAUGUUCAUUUGCUAUUUUCAAGUAAUUUGGCAACGCUUGUCAAGCGUUAUAAAACAUUUCGCGCGGUUGAAAAUAAAAUUUUAGCUGCGCAAUAAACGUCAGAUCGAGUCAAUUGAAUUUGGACUAUAUUUUGUACGGCGGUAGGGCUAGAGUUGCGUGAUACGGGACCGCUGGCGGUUUAAAAGUUAUAGCUAACUACUUCAUUAAUUGUAUUGCCACAAAGAACGUUUAAAGAAGAUUUUACAAAAAACAGCAAGUACCUUUACUUUUUUCGAAAAACUACCAAAUUUUGGGUUAGUUUUACUCAGAAUCACUAGGACUAUUGAGAGAUAUUGAUGAAAAAAAUUGUUCCCAGUUAUUCGUACAAUAGUUCCGUUUUGGACGCUUUUUACUAUACAUUUAGUAUCGACAAAAAAAUUACACAGCAGAAAAUAACUCAAAAGUUGUUUAUAUUUCGGAAAAAAGUAUAAUGGCAAGUAUGUAUAUUUUUUCUGAAGAAACUUUAAACAAGUAUAGAAACGAGUAGUGUGCAACUCUAGUCGUGCCGCGACAGUGGGCGACCACUUUAAACGCCACGAGUCGUCCGAGACGACGGAUCGAAACAGCCGCAAGUGCCCGUCUACUAAUUACUAAUAUAAUAUAUAUAAUUAUAUAAAUAAAUUGUAUAAAUCAUGUAAGCGAAGUGUACAUAGUUCCAAGUGUUACCAUGUAAAUUUAAAUUUAUUUAGAUUUUAGUUGCGGCGUUGAGCGUUUUGGGAAAAAUGUCUUAUUGAUGGUAAGCGGGUGAAAACCGACAGAUUGCUUUAACUAUUGACAGUUUUCUUAGUCGAUUUUACUGAAAGGUCUUUACUACGAAGAGAAGAAAAUAUUCAUAAUACAUCUGUCGGGAUUGUGCCGCUUAAAUAGUUGGUUGUGACACGAAAAUUUUUAUUAACAGUGCAAAAGCCUACAUUCGAGAGAAAAACUGGUCUCUGUGUGAACUAGUCCCUUUCCUCCAUGGAAAGGGACUAGUUUUUAAUGCUCUUGAAUAUGGAUUAGUGGCGUCAGGGCAGGAAUAUCAAAAUCUGGUUAAAUUUGGUAAAGACGAGGUAGUAAUUGAAAUAAAAGCCAUUAAUUUUAGUAGGACUUUGCACAUGUUAUUUCCGUUUUCUGUGGCUGUACGGAUAAUUGGUGAUGGUUUAGGCACAAGAUAUGUAAUGUUUGCCCUUUUCAGGACCCUUUCCACAUUAAAAUGAGGAAUGUGCUUGAAUAGGGACGCCGUUUAUUUCAUAAGAAAUAAUUUGAGAUUCCGUGCUAAUUACAAUUGUAAAUUUUAAAAUCUUAUGCUUGUCAAAUCGUGAUAUUUAACUCAGUGGUAGUUCGUCACCAAAUGUUAAUUAAAAUAGUUAAAUUUUAUCUUAAUCAAUAAUCGUGCCCUGAUUCGUGAAAUACAUAAUUACUUUUGGGUGAUUUUAGACAAGGCAUCUUAGCACGGGAUCUCGACUUUCGCACAACACAAUAUAUUCAUAAUAAUUGUUUUAUUAGUUUUACGUAUGUGUGGGGGCGUACACAGUGCGAUGCUGUUUCGACUCAGUGAGAUGUAGGCUAGGAACCAGGGGUCACGCCCGUCACGUGACCUCACUAUUGACUACAAUUAAUUAUACACUUUACAUUCUUUCACUGAUUGCUAUAAUCUGCGCCGCCCUUCGUUUUCUUUAAACACAAAUAAUAACUAAUCUGUAUACUAAAUUGCGUCUCAUACAGAUGGCGAGACAAAUUAGGUAUGUCUUAUAUUUUGUAUAAAUCUUUGACUUUCGCUAAAAAUUCCCUAUAGCUCACUUAUAAUAAAAGCGCAAGACAAAGCGUUGUAUGAAAUAUAAGGGAACCUUGAUAAGCACCAUCUGUUGCUGUAGUGGACGCAACUUUUUAUUGAGAUUACCAGUCGUUAUUAUUAACUUGUCUUUGCGUAAAUUUGUAUAAAAGCCAAAUAUAACUAGUCGGUUAUAGCAAUAGGUGAAACAAUAAUUUGUUAAAAUGAAUAAAUAGUGUUAAAAUGAAAUUAUAAUACUUAACAUAGCUCGGGAGGAAGCUCCUUAUAUUUUUGUUGGGACACAGUGUACAUAUUGGUUAGACACCGACAUACUUAUCUGUAAUAUCCGUAUAUUUAAGAAAUUAUUGUACAUAGAUUAUCUACUAAACUUGUUAGAACAUUGGUUUCUGAACGAGUGUGCAAUGCAAUUUGAAUCUUAUUAUAAGCGUGUUAUAAAAUUUCAUUAGGUUAUAGGCGUUUAUAAAACGACCUUGUAGUGGUAGAUAUUUUUUUAUAAUGGCAAAUUUAUUGUAACUUUGUCGAACAAAGUUGGACUGUGGCACUCGACGUAAUUUACGCCAACAUUUUAACAAAUUAAAUUAAUUUUAGAAAUGAAACUCAUCUUCGUUGCACACUCACAGUUCGUGAAGGCAAAAAGACCAACCCUAUUUUAAAAAAAAAAACAACUACAACAAUAUUCCUCCACGUCCCCUGCACUAGCAAUAUGGCGGCCAUUUUGUUGUAUACAGGGUGUCUGAGGGCCCUAUCACGAAAAUCGGAUUAUCUUUAUUUGCCUCUCUAUCGCUCUUUCAUAUUCGAGUGACGGAGAGGCAGGUAACGAAGUGUUCGUGUUUCGCAGAAGGCUCUCUGAGUUUAGUGGGAGCGGUGCUAGCGGCGGGCAGGCUACUACUGUCAAGUGUCAUUUGGCUGUGCUUGUUAUUUGAUGACAUGUCAGCGUUACGUUAGGUAAUGAAAGGUGCAUUUACAGUGAGUCAUUUACCUAUUUGAAACUUGACGAUAAUCGCAUGAGAUUUGCGAUACAUUGCGGCUUUUAAUCGAUCCAUUGGAUUCGUUGAUCCUACGUAGCCGGAUCGUAAAAUCGCAUGCUAUUUGUUGCAAUGUCUGUAGAAGCCUUAAUAUAGGGGUCGCCAGGCAACCGAUUGAUGCGGCGAAUGACGCAGUGUCAUUGCACUUUUGUUCUCGGCAUUUACUUUCUCAUUUUAUUUUACGAUGGCUUAUUUAUUAUAUAACUGGCCGCGUAGCCAAGAUGCCAAUCGCUUACGCUCCGUAGCGAUCGAAACGCAACUGUCACUGUCGCACUAAUAUGGAAGAGUGAUAGAGAGACAUAAUGCUUUUCGUUGUCGAAGCGAUAGCGAUUGUAACCUUGGCUAGGCCGGCUGAUGCUUUUUUAAGUUAUUUAUUUAUAAAGAUUUUUUAUUGUUGACUUUUAUAAUUUUCAAGCAUUAGUCAGAUCGAAAUUCGGAAUAAGACUAUAGUCAUUAAAACGUUUUAAUAUCUUUCAGUUCCAUAAAGAUGACUAUAAAAGCUGUAGUCCUGUUGAUCUAUUGAAAAAUAUAUUUAAAAAAAUAUAUUUAGUUUUUUUUAUGAACACCUACCGUCAUUUAGUUUUUUGCUAAUAAGUCUGUGAAUAAGUGCUGAGAAUUUUCGUUAACUUUUAUUAUUAGACAUGAAUCCGUGAAUAUUAUAUUUGUAAAAAUGGCGCCCGACCCGCCGCGAGGAGUGAAUUACUUGUAUAAUUGUUUCUGUACAUGAUAAUUGUAUUUGUUAUAUUUAUGAGUUGUAUUGUAUAGCAGGUAAAUUAAGCGUUGUACCGUAGAUCCGUAGGCUAUGGCCCUGUUAUGUGAAAAGUGCAAAUGUUUUGAAAAAAAAUGCAAAUCGAAAAUAGUAAUAAACAGUUGGACAAUA